ACCCGGGGCCGGGCAUGCCCGCGAGUGCCCGCGGCGCGGGGCCCCAGAGCCGCCGGUGGCCGCGUCCCAGCGAUGGCUCUCCAUCUGGUCGCAGACUUCGACCUCCGGAAGGACGUGCUCCCGUGGCUGCGGGCGCAGCAGGCCGUAUCCGCGGCCACCGGGGCCGCAGGCGGCGGCGGCGCAGAUGUUUUAGAAAAUAAUUAUGAGAGCUUACAUGUACUAAAUGUUGAAAGAAAUGGAAAUAUUAUUUAUACUUAUAAGCAUCUGUAUGCCUUUGAGAAAGAUUUGCAAGUUGUCAGUUGUUCUGUCAACAGUGAGAGGACUUUGCUGGCUGCAAGUUUAGUUCAAUCUACUAAAGAAGGAAGAAAGAAUGAGCUUCAACCAGGAUCAAAAUGUUUAACUUUGUUAGUCGAAAUCUACCCUGUUAACAAUGUGAAGGUUCUAAAAGCAGUGGAUAGCUAUAUUUGGGUACAGUUCCUCUAUCCACAUGUUGAAAGUCAGCCUCUUCCAGAGAACCAUCUGUUACUGAUUUCAGAAGAGAAAUAUAUUGAGCAAUUUUAUAUCCAAGUCACCCAAGAAGACGGAAAUAGAGUGGUGAUUAAAAAUUCUGGCCAUCUCCCAAGAGAUAGAAUAGCAGAGGAUUUUGUUUGGGCUCAGUGGGAUAUGUCAGAGCAGAGAUUAUACUACAUUGACUUGAAGAAAUCAAGGAGUAUCUUAAAAUGCAUCCAGUUUUAUGCUGAUGGAAGCUUUAAGUUAAUGUUUGAAGCACCCUUGGACAUAGCAUUAAGUGACUCAGGACUGAAACUUGUCAACUUUGGAUAUGAUUAUCGUCAAGACCAAGAAGAAUUAUCCAAAUACCCGACUCUGUGUGUUUUUACCAACCAUACAGGAAGUUUGUGUGUAUGUUACAGCCUGAAAUGUGCCUCUUGGGAACAAAUCACGUAUUCUGUGUUUUACUUUCAUAAAGGACACAGCAAGACCUUCACUGCUGCUCUUGGUAAUGCUGGCUCACCUGUGACAAAGGGCAUUACUUUUCUCAACCUUGACUACUAUGUGGCUGUUUACCUACCUGGUCAUUUCUUACAUCUGCUUAACAUUCAACAUCCGGACUUGAUCUGCCACAGUCUGUUUCUGUCAGGAAACAAUGAGAUGACUGAUAUUUUACCUCAUAGUCACUUACAAUCACUGUCAGGAUCCCUGGUACUGGAUUGGUGUUCUGGAACGCUCUACAGAGCACUCCUUAGCCAGUCAUAUUUAUUACAGUUCCUAUGGAACAGCCGCCUAGACUAUGAGAAGAUGGCCAUAUUGCACUGUGUGCUCUCAUGUGGCCCAGACCCACGAUUCCUGGAAGGCCAGAUUAUUCGAUGGAUUUCUGAGAAUGCGUCUGCCUGCUAUUCAUUUGACCCUAUUCAGGAAUUUAUAAUUGCUUCUUCAUAUUGGAGCGUGUAUUCAGAGACAAGUAACGUGGACAAACUUUUGCCAUAUUCCUCAGUGCUCACUUGGGAUACAGAAAUUCCUGGAAUAACCCUUGUGACAGAAGAGAUCGCAUUGCCCCUUAUGAAGGUGUACAGCUUUAAGGGUUACUGGGAAAAACUGAACUCCAACCUAGAAUAUGUUAAGUACGCCAAGCCACAAUUAUGCUAUAAAAACAGUGUGGUCAGGAGAGAGUGGCACAACCUGAUCUCGGAAGAGAAAACAGGAAAGAGAAAGUCCACAGCAUAUGUGAGGAAUAUUCUUGAGAAUUCAAUAAAGGUGAUUUCUAACCUAGAAGCAAGGAAUUUGGAGCCAAGAUUAACGCCCCUCUUGCAGGAGGAAGACAAACACCAGAGGCUGCUUAUGGGGUUGAUGGUGUCUGAGCUAAAAGACCAUCUUUUCAGACACCUACAGGGUGUAGAAAAGAAGAAAAUUGAACAGAUGGUUCUGGACUACAUUUCAAAACUGCUGGAUCUCAUUUGCCGCAUACUGGAAAGCAGUUGGAGGAAACAUAAUCUUCACUCCUGUGUUCUCCACUUCAAUGGGCAUGGCAGUGCUGCUGAGUUUGCAGUCUUUCACAUCAUGACCAGGAUUUUGGAAGCUACUAGCAGUUUGUGUUUACCUCUGCCUCCUGGUUUUCACACUCUGCACAUGAUCCUUGGGGUUCACUGUCUCCCUUUGCAUAACCUGCUGCAUUACAUUGAUAAUGGAGUGUUGCUUCUCACCGAAACAGCUGUCACAAGGCUCAUGAAAGAUCUGGACAAUACAGAGAAAAAUGAAAAACUAAAAUUCAGCAUCAUUGUGCGGCUUCCUCCGCUUAUUGGUAAGAAGAUCUGUCGACUCUGGGAUCAUCCUAUGAGUUCUAACAUUAUUUCACGGAACCAUGUGACACGACUGCUUCAAAACUAUAAGAAACAGCCUUGGAAUUCUAUGAUUGACAAGUCAUCAUUCAGUGUAGAAUUUUUGCCUCUGAACUACUUCAUUGAAAUUUUGACAGAUAUAGAGUCAUCCAGUCAAGCUGUGUAUGCUUUUGAAGGACAUGACAAUGUGGAUGCAGAAUUUGUGGAGGAAGCAGCUCUGAAGCACACCACAAUGCUUUUAGGCUUAUAAAGGAGAAAAUGCAAUGGGAUCUGCUUCCAUAUUUUAAUUUUGCUCAUUACCUUACUCAUGCUGAGAAUUCUUUAGCAAUGUUUAAAAUAGGUAACAAAAUUCAGAAUGUUGAGCCGUCUGAAUUUCAGUUUGGUUCUUGUUCAAACAGAACUAAACUGCUGUACCUCAUCCCAGUUUUGAACAGCGGAUGAGCAGUCAAGUGUGGAGAAAUAAUAAACAGUCCAAGGAGGCAAGUGAUAGCAUAAACAAUAUUCUUCCUAAUAGCUUAAUAGGCCAAAAACUAUUUCUAUUGCAUUCUCAAAUAAAAUAUGCUUUAAAAACACAGCAAACAGUGCUUAGAAAAGCAAAAAUUAGGUUUGUCAUUGAAAAUAUAACAAGCAAAAAAUUAAGUGUUGCAUUAAGAACACUAUUUGGAAAGAGGCUACUUUAAAAGAAAAAAACAAAACUGAAUUUGUAUUAGAUCAAAUCUACUAUCUCCCAUACAGAAUAAUUUGUAACAUAUAGUAAUUUGUACAUACAGU